AAUGUAUAUCAUAUUCUCCCAGUGCACUUGCUUCUCAUGCUUCUCAUUGCGGCAUUCCGCCGGCGUGGCCUUUACUUUUGGGAUGGGCAUCGCCUGCAGUCGUCUCUCAUUUCAAUUUCAGUUCCAUUCCGCCACUCAGCGACGCCUGAUCUCAGCAUAGCCUCGGGCCCCUAGGCCCCCAAGUCCCCAGACGUGUCCCCCCGCCGAAGUCGUCGGGCGUGCAAAUAAACCCAACGGGGAAAAUAAUUAAACAAAUCUCGGCAGGUAUACUGUCUGCGGCGAUAUGACAGAUCAGCCAAGUACCGACGAGACCGGCGGCGGUGUCGCCACUCAUUUCUUCGCCCGCUUGAUGCGCCUCACCGGCGUGUCAUUAUCAUCGGCUGCUGCAGCUGCUGCACCCAACUCCAUGCCAGAGCCCACCACAUCUUCGCUAAUGACAACCGAAUCGCCCACCACAGCCGCAGCGGAGCUGGCACCUUCCUAUCUCAUCGACCGGGUCACACAGGUGGCCCGUAUUGCCCUGGAGGUCACCACAACAGCAUCGGAGGUGCUGGCAGAGGCCCUGCCAGAGGUAGACACCAGCUUUGCCAAUGGUACUAUUCACGGAAAUCUAACGUUGGCCGCUGCGGCUGCCGCCAACUAUGAGAACUGUUCGGCGAUUUUUGCCAACUACACGCAACCAGAAGCAGGCAUCUACUGCAACUUCACUUGGGACACUCUGACCUGUUGGCCGCCAACUCCCGCCGGAGUCAUGGCACGUAUGCAUUGCCCAGCGGGCUUUCAUGGGGUCGAUCCGCGAAAGUUUGCUAUCCGCAAGUGCGAGCUGGAUGGCCGCUGGGGCACACGACCAGAUACCACAAAUAUGACAGCGGAAGCGAUUGCCGCUGGUUGGACCGACUAUGGACCCUGCUACAGACCUGAGGUGAUCCGCCUAAUGCAGCAGAUGGGCAGCAAGGAUAUUGAUCUCUAUAUUGAAAUUGCCAGGCAUACACGAACGUUGGAGAUCGUGGGCCUAUGCCUGUCGCUGCUUGCCCUGCUCGUCUCUCUGGUAAUCUUCUGUAGCUUUCGAUCGCUGCGAAACAACCGUACAAGGAUCCACAAGAAUCUAUUCGUCGCCAUGGUCCUUCAGGUGCUUAUCCGACUCACGAUCUAUCUGGACCAAUUCCAGCGCGGCAGCAAAUCCAGUGGCAGUUCCUCAAACUCUAGUAGUAGUCUCUCGGCGAUCGAGAAUACGCCAUAUCUAUGCGAGGCCUCCUAUGUCCUGCUGGAGUACGCCCGAACGGCCAUGUUCAUGUGGAUGUUCAUUGAGGGACUGUAUCUGCACAAUAUGGUAACGGUGGCCGUGUUCCAGGGCCAGUUUCCGCUCAAGUUCUUCUCGCGUCUGGGCUGGUGCGUGCCCAUCCUGAUGACCACAGUCUGGGCACGAUGCACCGUCAUGUACAUGGACACUUCGAUGGGUGAAUGCCUGUGGAACUACAAUCUGACGCCGUAUUACUGGAUACUCGAGGGACCCCGACUUGCAGUAAUUUUGCUGAAUUUCUGUUUUCUGGUGAACAUCAUCCGGGUGCUGGUGAUGAAGCUUCGACAAUCGCAGGCCAGCGACAUCGAGCAGACCCGCAAGGCCGUGAGGGCCGCCAUCGUCCUGCUGCCUCUUUUGGGCAUCACCAAUCUCCUGCACCAGUGGCCUGUACUCAAGUCGGCCACCAAUUUUGCAGUGUGGUCGUACGGCACACAUUUUCUUACCUCUUUUCAAGGCUUCUUCAUUGCUCUCAUCUACUGUUUCCUUAAUGGCGAGGUACGCGCUUGCUUGCUCAAGAGUUUAUCGAAUCAGUUAUCGCUGCGCGGUCAUCCCGAAUGGGCGCCAAAGCGGCCCUCAAUGUAUUCGGGGGCCUACAACACCGCCCCUGAUACGGACGCUGUCGGCCAACAGCCGGUGGCCGAGACGCAGGCGGCUACAGGAGGUUUACGAACGUCGCCGAUCAACAGGCGGCAGAACACUAGUGCCAGUAUCGUCAUGAUCCACGAACCCAACCACCGACAGCGUCUUGUGCAGCGAAACCACAACAACAACAACCAGGAGAGUCCACGCCGCCAAAGGGGGGAACGGACUGAUGAUGAAGACCGAAUCGGAAUUGCAGCUGGAGCCGGAGUCGAGGCUGAAGUUGUUGUAGUGCAGGACUCUGUCGGUGGUGCGGUGGGUAGGAAGCGCGAGACACGCAUACACGCUGGAACCAAGUGGAUGAUUUCCGGCCUCUGCUUCAGGGGUCAAAAGGUACUUAGAGUACCGUCAACGUCAUCCGUACCACCCGAGUCAGUUGUAUUUGAGUUGUCAGAGCAGUAGGCCACUAAACUAAACGUAGACCGUUACCGUAGCCAUAGCCAUAUAACCAAUUAGUCACUUAGUCACUCGUAGAACCACUCUCAUUCACUCUUCCAAAAGUAGCAGCAUCCUUUGCCAAACACUUUAUUCCAAUUCCCAUCUCCCAAAAGUCCUAAUCAUCUCGAAUCAUGGUCCUUCCAUUGCUAGCUUUUUACAAAAAUUACAGAAUAGUGUACCUGCAGAUGUAAAUUGAUAGAAAUUAUUGGAUAUUCAUAGGAUAGAGCCACGGUUUCCACAGUUGUACCACAAAAAACUUAAGGAGCAUAUCCAUAAAAGCGAGUCUUAUAUUAAACCAUAGUUUAUUUGCCCCGUGUUAUGCAGCAGCGCCCCUCGGUCUGUCUGCGCUUCUGCCUGGGAUCUGCGCGUAAUAAACUUCGGGUUCGUGCAUGUUAGCUGCGGCCAGUAAUGGUCAGCCAGGGCACUUCAACGUCCCAAUAGCCCUCGUAGUGUAUCCUUAUAGUUAAAAGUAUAAUAACAAAGGAUCACUGGAGGUUUUAAUUAAAAAAAAGGUUGUUUUCAACCAAUAGUUCCUAAUGAACUUGAGAUAUAUCCAUAUUACAUCUGAAUAUAUAAUGUGUAGAUUAAUGUGGCAACCGUGGACAGAACUUUCCUUCACUAGCAUUGAACCCCAUCGCUAAAAGUUAUGUAUAUUUAUACGAUAUCUACAAAUAUCUGAUGAAAAUGAAUCUCUAUUAGAUCUACACUCUAUUUUUGUGCACAGUCACACACACACACACACACACGGUAAACGCUUGGUGAAUUCUACAGCAAAACUUGAGCGGCAUGUUUCUCUAAUAUCUUAAAUCUAAUAUAUACAAUAUUUUAUAAUAACUUAUUGCAUUCGAGUACUACUACAAAACACAACUGUACCGUGACCAUGCAGUGUGACCAAAGGUCAAAGAUCAACAAACACAAUGUUAAAGUCAUAUCCAAAUUCCCGAUUUCCUAUCGCUUU